AGUAAAAUUUGCUUCUAUUUUAUCAAACAGAGCCAAUUAUAAAAAUCCGAAGCGAUAUCUCAUGAUUGUCAAAAUUGGAAUGACGUAUUUUGAUCACGUGAUAAAAUAAAAUAACCGCCAAAAUGCUUGUCACUGUCAUUUUCAGCAGAUCGGCAUUUUUCUGAAUCUCUUUUUGUAACGUAUUUCUUUCUGUUAACAAUUAAACGUGUUAUAACUUUUACAACAAACUUUAAAUAACUUUCUACUACGAGCAUAUUGAUUUUUAUAAAGAACCGUAACAUUCGUAAUGGCUAAGGUGCAUAUUACCAAUGUUGUAGUACUUGACAAUCCUAGUCCUUUCUUAAACCCUUUCCAAUUCGAACUAACAUUCGAAUGCAUAGAAGAGCUAAAGGAAGACUUAGAAUGGAAGAUGAUAUACGUCGGAUCAGCUGAAACAGAGGAACACGAUCAAGUUUUAGACACAAUUUACGUUGGUCCCAUACCAGAAGGGCGCCACAUGUUUGUCUUUCAAGCACCACCACCAGACGUUAACCGAAUUCCAGAGAACGACGCGUUAGGCGUAACAGUUGUACUUUUAACAUGUUCAUAUAGAGGCCAGGAGUUUGUGCGCGUCGGUUAUUUUAUUAAUAAUGAAUACAGUGAAUCAGAACCCGAAUUACGUGAAAAUCCUCCAGCAAAACCGCAAUUCGACAAAGUAUUAAGAAAUAUUCUAGCUUCAGAACCUAGAGUGACACGAUUUAAGAUCAAUUGGGCAGAACCAGAUGCAGUACCAACAGAUUCUGGUGAUGGAAACAUAGAAUCAACUCAUGCACCUAGCAAUGAUUCAUAUGGGGCAUCUUUCAAUGCAGAUAGUCAAAUAAGUGGUAUAGAAUUUCAAGGAAGCCUUAGUGGAUAUGGUGAUAACUCAAAUUCUAUUGCUCCUAUGGAGUGCUGAGAUUGUAUAUAAUAGAUAAUGAAGAUAUAAUUUAAGCAAGUGGAUCUAAAACUAAAGGACUGUUGUGAUAAUGUUUGUGAAAUAAUUGGAGGUAUUACUAUAGAGCGGGGACUGAAAUUAUUUUGUAUCUUAACCGUAAUGUGCUAAUGAAGUUGAUGUUAUUUCAAAUGGUUAAUACAUUCAUGACACAUAAAGCAAUUGAGUGGGUUAACUUUUUUGGUAAAAGUGGAUAUGUUAAUGUUAUUUUUUGAGAGAAAAUAUGUGAUUAUAAGUUCAAAUCAUAAACGUUUUUAAUUGUUAGCUUAUCAGAGUAUUUAAAUUUAUCAUUGCUAUUAUAAUUUAUUUUCCAAUAUUACAAAUGUGGCUUAAGUCAGGGUUCUGUACCCAAUUUGUAUUGUAGAUGCUAAUUAUAUACAAGUUUAUGAAUCAUGAAUUUUUUAAUCGUCAGGGUGUUAAAUAUAACUACAGUCAGUAUAUAGAGCCCAGGCUUUCAUUAAGAUGUAAUUAGGAGGAUACAUCAAUAAUAAUAGAUAAUGGUUGAUUGAUGAUGGACCUCCUUUUUUUCUUACAUGCAUGCUCUGCUUCCAUGGUAUGCUUAGGAACUUUUUAUUUAUUAUAUGAUCGAAAAUAUAUCCAAUGAAUGUUGUAUACAACUUUUGAAAUUACCGUCUAUAUCAUUAAACCACCCUAAACCAAACACCCAGAUGAUCUUAAAUUAUGUAACACCAAGUUAUUAAAUCGUCACAAAACAUAUGGUAACGGUUCAUUUUAAAUCUUAUUGCAAUUAAUUGAUUAUGUUGGUAUAGCAGCAGUUGAUAUCAUAUGGUCACACUUCUCUCUAACAAACAAUCAAAAUAGGCCUAAUUAACGUCAACUUUCAUUUAAUGCUAUCAAAAGUAAUGCCUUUAAUUAUUAUCAUAUGAAUAAAAAAGUUUCAGUGUAUUUAAGUAUGUAACAAAUUGUAGAUAUGUUAUUUUUUAAUAUUAGGCUAAUAAAAAUUUAAUAUGAA